UGACUCUCCGUAGAGUCUAUGCGGUGGAGUGAAUGCCUCAUAGCGUAGCUGCAAAUGACCUUCAAUCCACUCCACGUCUGCGCCCAAAAUUGGAGGUCGGUUCAUGCCAACGCUGGGCUUGGAUCAGUCGCAAAUAAAGAACAGAAAUAAUCGAAGGCGCCAUGGCUACGAUACUACCGCGACGAGCAGGUUUCGUCUGCAAGUCAUGCCAAAGAUUGUGCGCACCUCAAUCUAGCCGACGACAAAUCGCCUUGCUAGCAAAGACUACCUCCAACGAACAACGGGUGCAGCAGAAUGCUCGUCGAUUUCUCUCGCAAUCUGCCAUACCCAGAGUCGCGCCGGCUGCAGCGCUACCUAGAGAUAGAAAAAUCAAGCAACCAGAACAAGACCCAUCGGAAGAUCCUUACGAGAUCCCCUCGCAAAUAGAACUCAGACAAAUCGAUCCUACCACAGAACUUACACGUCUGAAAGAAGCCGUGUCGCGAUUGACUUCGCUUGACACCGUCCCAGAUAACAGCGAUGUCCUCGAGCUACUCCUUGAUUGCUAUCGACUGGCCAACUGCCUCGUCUUUGGCGUCAGCAAGGGUGCGAACGAAGUGUCGAUGCAGCCAGGCGAAGAUCUAUCACAAGCAAUACUGCGGGAUUUGUCGGAGGACAGUUCGAAUCAAGAUCAAGUAUUCGUACCAAACAAGGAGCUUUCAGCGCCUUUUCGAGAGAACGCCUCCAGAACAAUAGCCGACCUGAUAUACACCCUCCUACGGGAUCCGAAAGUGUACGUCUCUGACGAGGCACUCCAGAUGUACGUUCGCGUCCAAUGCUUGCUGGGCAAACCAGAGUAUCUCCCGGAGAUGUUCCAUCUACACGCGCACAAGAAAAUCCCACACGCCAACACGAAACCCAUCACAUACUCCGAGCCAUGGCCGAAAUUACCUAAAUAUGCGAUCCCGCUGUCUCUUGCGGAUGCGGCCUUGGAAGCCGCGAUCCUGAAAAAGAACCUGCCUUUGGCCAUAGCCAUCAUCGACACCACUGUGGCGACACCGGCAUGGCGGGCACACAGGAUACUCUCAAAGGCCGCUUUGCCAUUGGGAGUUGUUGGCGCAACUCCCCUGGUAGCAUACGCUGGUGCGGACUGGGUGGCUCAUUGGCAAAAUACGAUGGAUAUCGAGAUGUCAAAAUAUACCGCGAUUGCAGGAGCACUAGCAUACAUCGGCACGCUUUCGACUAUUGGGUUUGUUGCAAUUACCACGUCCAAUGAUCAGAUGCAGAGAGUGGUCUGGCGGCCGGGAACGAAGUUAGCCGACCGUUGGAUCAGGGAGCACGAGCGAGCGUUUUAUGACCGGCUUGCCCUGGCCUGGGGAUUUCAGGACAAGUCCAGAUGGGGCGAAGAACAAGGUUCCGAUUGGCACCGGCUUAGAGACGAGUGCGGGAUAAGGGAUAUGAUAUUGGACAAGACGGACCUGAUGGAGGGAAUGCAGUGAGCGAGCCUACAAUACGGAUCGUGAUAAUCACGAGUGGCACCAAAUAAUGAAAAUGAUUCAUGGCUUGUCAUUGAUAGCUGUAGGAGCAACAACUAUGUGUGUUUCCUCGCUCUUGCCUUGAGGGG